AUUUAUCUUUAAACGAGGACUUUGAUCAAAAUGCCUCAAAAACUGGACACAAGAUCAGAAUGAGAAAUGGAGUUGUAAAAAAGAGAAAAAAAAAUGAAAGGGGAAACUCAUCUCAGGAGCGGUCAGGUGUUAAAAAGUCUAGAUCUCAAUCUCCCAAAGUAAUGAUCCAGAAUUGCUUGCAAGAAAUUGCGGUGUCAAUAACUAAGAAUUCUAAAACAGUUACCACCAGGAAGUCUAAAAAAGUCUGUAUAGUUCAGAAAACUACAAGGGUGAAAAAGGAACUUUUCCCUGUGAACAGGAAGAAAAGUGGAAAGACAGUGAAAGACAUCUCACACUCAUCAGCUUUAAAGUUGCAAAAGAAAGGUACAAAAGCCAGUCCUGCUAAGAAAGGUGUCUCGGAAAAAAAGAAGCAUGGUAUUGUGAAACAGAACCAGUCUUCUACAAGAAGUGAUCAAAAUAAAACCACUAAAAAUAAGAAGACGAGCACAGAUGAGAAAGUUUUGAAAUCACAGAAAGGAGCAAGUCCUCUGGAGAAAGAAGAUAAAGUAGCAAAUAAGACACAACCAAGAAAAUUACCUGUGAAACCAGUUAUAAGGAUUCACCAAGGUCUUAGAAACACAAGUUUGAAAACAUUUAAAGCUCAACAGAACGGCAAAAAAGUAAAAGAGCUGACCAAGAAUAUACCUCAGAAACCCUUUCCUUGUGCAUUCUGCCAGAAAAGAUUCAAGAAAGCCUCACAAAUUGAGAAGCAUAUCAAAGAUGAUCACAAGUGUUCACGUUGUGACAAAGUACUGGACUCCAAGGAAGCAAAGCAGAGACAUUUCUAUGGUUUCCAUGCUACAGAGGUACAUAAAUGUGUUACUUGCCAGAAGGAAUAUAACUAUCCUUUCCACCUAAGGAAACACUUUGAAUCUCGUUCACACAAAGACCUCAUAAAAUGUCUCAUCAAAGAAAUGAAAAAGUUAUCCAGGGGAACAUCUUCCAUCAGAGGGAAAGCUUUGAAAGAUGGAAAUUCAAAACCAGCCAUUUGCCCAAGUGAGACUUCAAACCAUGACCUUACAGCGUAUGACAAAACCUCACAAUCUAGGUCAAGAAAAAAAGUGAAAUUCAUGGAGAUGGAAAACACUUUCUUUGAUGAAAAUGCGGAUUUAUUAGAGCUUAUUCACAAAAUAGAGUACACUAGUGGAGAAAGUGGCAUUGUUAGGCACUUCCUCUACAAAGAUCCAGAACUUGCAGAAAUUCAAUCCUGCCUAAAGGAAGAGUCUAACUCAAGCACUUGCUACGAGGAGAUAGAAAUUGUCAAGGAGUACAGCAUCACAAGCCACUGUGAGAAUUUCCUGGAAGAUGCAGGUCAUCCCUUAGCCAUCAGUGAUAGCUCAAGGUCAUCAGAACGAAGGGACAGUGAGACAAGCAUAUCAAGUGAAUCAAGUGAAUUGUCUGAAAUGAACCAUGGAUGGAACGAUUCCUAUGUUUCAAAUAAUGUUACCAUGGAACCAGUAAUGUACGGUAAAGCCAGGCUAGAGAGUAAUUCAAAUUCUGCAAUGUCAGGGUGGUUUUCAGCAGCAUUUGAUGUUAUUGAGCAAAGAAAUUUGGAUGAUGAUCCUACAUAUUCUUCAUACUUGGGAUUGCUAAGCAAUGAAUCUGGAAUGCAAAUCUGCAGUGUUUCAAGUACAGUUGAUCCAUUAAACAGAUCAACACAAGAAUAUACCAAAACGUACCAGGAAUUAUCUUGCAUUUCAAGUGCAAAAGACCUUGGUUUCAUGGAGAAAGGUCCAAUAGGCAUCUUCUCCAGUCACGAGAUGGAAAAUGGAAAUCAUCUCCAGAAUAACCAUUUUAGAGCAGGGGACUUUUCUCUGACCAAUUCCAAUUCUUACACUUGGAGCAAACAAGACAGAUCUUGUUUGCAGCCUCCUGGAGCAGUAAGACAAGAGCUAUUAAGCAACGGGAACAGUUUAUGUCCUUUGUCUCCAUCUGUGUAUGGAGGGCAUCAGACAAUGUCCUGGAUUCACCCUCGUCAGACGGCAAAUGAUACUCUUGAUGCUGCCCAAAGUCUGAUUAUGCUGUCAAACCCAGAACAGGGUAUCUCUCCAGAAGUGGAUAACCGAUCUACUGAUAAUGAAUCAACAAAUAAAGAUGUUCAGAUGGAAUGGGAGUCAAUCUGUUCAGAAAUUCAAAGAGAUGUUCAGGAGUAUACAGAAUAGUGGAUGUUUUAAAGGUGCAGGAUGGUAGAAACAUUUGUAACCGAGUAUUAAACAUUGAUAUACAAAUACUUGUACAUGCAAAUAAUG